CGCGGGCGGGGCUGGUCACGCGCCUGGCUUCCUGCAGUGCGAACCCUGGAAAUCCAGGCGACCUCGCAGUUGCCGAAGGGACCCGAAGAAGUGGGAUGUGCAAAAGCGCCGGCUGGAAAUCCCGGCUGUGUCUCCGUCAACUCUUUACGCAACAGAGGGCUCCCUCGGCCCUUGGUUCUUACCGGGCCGCCUGCUCCCACUCGGCGAAAAAAAUUCCAGAGCGGCUGCCGUGGCGAUGGCGUGGAGGGCUGCCUCCUCCGCGUGCGCGGCGCUCCUGCUUCCGUGGUGAUCUGAAAGUGGAGAUGAUUGCAAGGGGGAUUCAGAUCACACACCGGAAUGACAAUGUUACCAUAUCCUGCAAAGUCAUUUAUUCCCAACCCCUCAACAUCACUUCUAUGGGUAUCACCUGGUUUCAGAAGAGUCUGACGUUAGACAAAGAAGUCAAGGUCUUUGAAUUUUUUGGAGAUCACCAAGAGGCAUUCCGACCUGGAGCCAUUGUGUCUCCAUGGAGGCUGAAGAGUGGGGACGCCUCACUGCAGCUGCCUGGAGUCCAGCUGGAGGAAGCAGGAGAGUACCGAUGUGAGGUGGUUGUCACCCCUCUGAAGGCACAGGGAACAGUUCAACUUGAAGUUGUGGCUUCCCCAGCCAGCAGAUUGUUUCAGGAUCAAGCGGUGGUGAAAGAGAAUGAAGGCAAAUAUAUGUGUGAGUUAAGUGGGUUCUACCCAAAGGAUAUUAAUAUAACAUGGGAGAAGUGGACCCAGAAGUCUCCCCAUCACGUAGUGAUUUCUGAGGACAUCAUCACUGGUCCCACCAUCAAGAAUAUGGAUGGUACAUUUAACAUCACUAGCUGCUUGAAGCUGAACUCCUCUCAGGAAGACCCUGGAACUGUCUACCAAUGUGUGAUAUGGCAUGAGUCCUUGCAUACUUCCUUGAGGAUCAACUUUACCCUGACUGCUCCUCGGCAGAGUCUUUCUGAACCUGAGAAGACAGAUAUCUUUCCCAGUCAUCGGCGGCUUAUUUCAUUAAUUGCUGUUGGAUUCGUUUUAAUUGUUUUGAUUCUUUGGAAAACGGUAAGGGGCUCCAAAGCAAAGUUCAGCCCUGUGUCUUGGGCUAGUAAAAAGCUUUUAGGGCGGCUGCUGCCAACCUUACGAGACUCAAGGGACAGGCCUGCUGGAGAGGACUUUGUCAGUCCCUCUUCACCAUCAGGUGUUGGGAAUAUUGGCUCUGUUCCAAUCCAGUUUCCUUUCACAGAGGACCUAGCUGUCACAUGCCAUCUGACCUUUGUAUGGUGGUUUGUGACUCUGGGGUGAUGUGUUGUAAAGCCUCCCUCUGUUUCUCCAUACUAAGCAAGUAUUAUAUCUCUGUGAAUGAACCAGACUUGAGUGUUCAGACCAGGCCCUGAACUAUGUGUGGGCUGCUUGUUUUUCUCACACAUUUAGAAACUAUGGCUCAGAGAGGGGAAUUCCUCAUACUUUAUCUGAUCAAUAACUUACCAUCAGAUUUCACCAGUUUGACUAAGAAUUUCUAACCCGCACUAGGUAUUUCUAAACUAAAACAUGUUUCUAAACAUUUUUGUCCCUGACUGUGGCCCAAAUAGUAAAUAAAACAGCUCAAGCUGUAGAGGCCCAAGAGACCUGUGAAAAUGUGUUGGUUAAAAUAGUUUUAGAUAAUAAAAGGGCCCUCAAUUAUUUAUGGGCCUAUCAAGGCAAAAUCUGCACAACAGCUAGUACAUCUCAUUAUAAAUACUUUAGGAGAAGUGGAAUAAUCAAUUAAGAAAAAUGGCUCUUUAUCUAAACUUGGCCAUUUAGAUUCACAGGACUUAUUCCUGUUGGAUCUAAGUCAAUGAGAAAACUGGAUAAAAAGUGGUUUUCAAAUGUUUCUUGUGACAUUUGUGACUGUUGUCAUAUUUCUUGCCUUUCUCUGACUCUGAUAUUCAGGUGCCAUUGAGAGAGGAGGAAGGAAGAAACUAGUUAGGCAGGCAGUUAGGGUGGGCCCUCAGUAAAAUUCCUUCAAACAAAAGAACAGCCUGAAAAAUCAAACUGCAGAUAAGGGAACUUGUACAGGGUGGCUUGCCUAAAACAUGCCCAAAGCCACAUAGAUUUAAAAAAGGCUACACAGGAGACUUGCCUAGACAUACCCACAAUCGAAAAUUCCAUCCCCUGACACAUGCACAGUAAGGGAAACAAAGCCACAUGGAGUAACUUGAGCUAAGGGCUUGCAUGCACACUACGAGGAUGGGGUGGAGCUACCAGAAAUGUGUGCCUUAUGCCUUUGUAUUCAGCUGUGAAAUGGCAACCCUCUUUUGGGCCCCCUCUCUGCAGUGGAGAGCUUUCUUCUUUCGCUUAUUAAACUUUCACUUCAACUUCAUCCUUGCGGUCCACGCUCCUUAAUUUUCUUGGUCAUGAGACAAAGAACUUCAGGUGAUGCCUCAGGCAACAAGAGACUGCUACAUGGUGGUGCAUUGACGAGACUAACAUUUUGGUGCAUUGGCUGGGAAACAUUGGAAGGGUGAGUAGGAGCGGACCUCCAAACUCUUUACUUUCAUUUCAGAGGCUUCUUGUCCUCAGAUUUUUUCCUGAAGACUGAACAAAACACUGGGCCAGUUAAAAGCUUUUCGAGUGGCUGCCAACCUUAUGAGACUCAAGGGACAGGUUUGCUGGAGAGGACUUUGUCAGUCCCCCUUCACCCUCAGGUGUUGGAAUGUUGGCUCUGUUCCAAUCCAAUUUCCUUUCACAGAGGACCUAGCUGUCACAUGGGCUAGAAGGAGGCCCUGGGGCAACUGAAGGUUUCUGUUUGAGGCAACUCCUCAGUGUUACCUGAAGGCCCCUGGACUAACUCCAGGCCCCAACAGCCCAUCAGGGUGUUGUCACCAGGACUUCCAGACUUUCCUGCUACAUUUUCUUCCUUGCUUUUCACAGCUACUAUGUCUCCUAUUCCUUAUUUGUAUGCAAUGUUGUGGGUGUUUUUAUAGCCUGGGGAGAUAAUCCUGUUAAGCAAAGUCAGCAAGUGCCUUAGUAACCAGGAAUAUAACUCAAAUAAUUGUUGUUUUUGUGAUUUCCUUGAGACAGGGGGACUUCAAGAUUUCAGCCUAAACCUUUACUUCGGCCCUUUUUCCCCCAGUGAUAGACAUUCAUGGCACUGUAUAGGGGGAUGUUUCACCCCAAGUGAAUAUCCUUUUCUCCUUUGGGUUGUUUUUCCUCCAUGUAAGAGCUCAGCAUUGCCCAGUGAAUUUAAGCCUAGUUUUUUUCUACUGGACAGCAUAUUAUGGGGACAGCCUAUUAAGCCCCAAGCCUGUCUUUCUGACCGCUGCUUGGAAAGAAUUUGUAGUCAGAGUUUUUUUCUAACAUUUCAAACCCUACAGUGCCACCUAGUGGGAUGGGAUUUUUCUCUUGAGAAGCCUUGUCAGCCCUUUGCCCAAAACCUCUAGUUCCCUGAUUCCUUUACCUCUUAUGUCCCUCAUUCAGUGAUCAGGCCCCAUGCCCUAUUUGUAAGCAGAAAAACUCCCCUUUCAACAGCCAGGAGGAAGCCACCCUGGCAAGACAGAUUUUAGCCUCAGUGUUAUCCCCAUCGGAGGGAGAACGGCCAUUCAAUUUUUACAUUCUUUUGAGGCAUCUGUUCUGCACACAGCUACAUUGGCAUCUAAGUGAGAAAGGGAUCUUAUGUUUAGAAAUCAAUUGGUCUCAUUCUCUAGAAAUUCGUAACUUUGCCCAGGUGGUAGUGAGAAGAUGUAAGGAUAGAGUUAAGAUGUUCCCUUCCUUAAAGGGUCUUGCCCAAAUUCAACUACUGCAUAGUCUCUCCCAGGGUUCUAGGGAAUCUCAGGAGCCUUAUGGGCCAAGUAGGUCUAGGAAACCAGCAGGGCAGAGAGCUAGAGCCUUGUGCAGGUGACCGUAAGCUAGCUCCUCCGGAUUCAUGGGUGAAGGUCAUACUUGGAUCCAUGGGCGGCACCUAUAAUGGUCACUAGGAAUCUGAGGAAACAGGAGGAAGAGGAGAAGGGGGACACCCCUUCUAUUUUUCUCUCUGUCCUCAGUCACUUCAGAAAAACAAAGGAGACUAAGGGAAGCCUUUUUUCUC